ACGUUAGCAAAUUUAAAGCUUAGUCUGAAUUGAAGAACAUUAGUCGGCGUGCAAGUUGAUACCGGGUAUUUGUCUGCAAUUCCGGAAUAAAUAUUUUCAGUAAUUAAUAUAUAAUUUUUGUAAUUAUACCGCCAAUAUGAGUCUGUCAGAUAUUUCAAGCAAAUUUACUGAAAAAACUUUGGAUGAAAUCAUACAGAAGGUAGGUGGCACCAAACAUACCUCCUAUAAAUUCGGCGAAGGUUUCAAAAAAGGUGAUUCAUAUCUGAGUAGAGUGUUUCGCCUUAGUGUUUACGGUGUAAAUGAAAAAGAUGGCUCUACUCGGGAAGUGCACCUUAUUUGUAAAGGUAUGCCCGACAAUGCUGCUCGCAGAAAAGUCUUUCACUCUGCCGAUUUCUUCCGCAAUGAAAUAAACUUUUACACGAAGGUUGUGCCUGCUUGGGAAGCUUUUCAAGCGCGUCGCAAACCUACUAAUCCUUUUACCGAGUAUCCCAAAUGUUUUGCAGCACAUUGUGAUGGCCAGAAUGAUUUCAUUGCGUUGGAAAAUGUAAGUUUUCGUGGGUAUGGUUCGCCAAACCGACAGAACUAUAUAUCGUUGGAAGAUGCAUUAUUAACAAUGCGCACAUUGGGGCGAUUCCACGGCAUUUCAUUAGCAUUCCGUGCUUUGGAACCAGGUAAUUUUGAGGCGGCGGCAAAAGGAUUGGAGGAAACUUACUACAAUGAGGCUAAACGUUCCUGGUAUAUCGGUUUUCUUGGCUUGGCCUGCAAUGUAGCCAAAGAUGCUGUUGAGAAAACCUAUCCUGGCACUAAAUACGAGACUAUUGCUAAUAAAUUUUUGCAGCCCACACCGUUAUACGACGACCUUAUUAAGCUUGUGUCUACUGAUUCUCCUUUAGCUGCCAUUGGCCAUGGCGAUUGCUGGACACCAAAUUUCUUGACCCGUUAUUCAAAAGACAACAAUCCAGAGGCAAUUAUUAUAAUUGAUUUUCAGUUGGCGCGUCGAGCUUCCAUUGGUUUGGAUAUAUCUUUCUUUAUAUACUCAUGUACAAGUGAAGAGCUGCGUGAAGCACACUAUGAGCAGCUAUUGAAAGAGUACCACCAGAGUGCUUGUGAUCUAAUUGCCGCAUUAGGUGCUAAUCCAAAUACUGUUUUGAGUUGGCAAGCAUUGCAAAAUGAGAUGCGACAGUUUGGACGUUUUGGCUGCGGCAUGGGUAUUGAGUCCCUGCCAAUGUCACUGAUCGAAGACGAUGAAGUCGCUGAUUUGGAUGACAUGAAUGAGGAUGCGGUGCUCACUGAUGUGUGGGAUAUUAAACCAUUUAAGGAGCAUAAUAAACGCGAACGUAUUGCACAGAUAUUCAAGCAUGCCAUCGAUCAAAGCUAUAUAACAGACUGAAGGAACAAAAUGUGAUAAUGCACAUAUUUUAAGUUUCAGAGUAUAACAAGGCAUAUUUUUCAGUUUUAUUUGUUAAGGUACAUAUAAAUUUGAAUAAAUAUCUAUAAACAUUGA